CUCUGUAGUCGCUCCGGGCCAAGGACGGGAAUGAUGGCGACCGCCAAAGCGAUUCUCUCGGAGUCCGUCUGAGUGGAGGAGGGAAAAAAGCACGUCUCUCACCGACGAAGCCGACUCUACGAUGGAAGGAAAUGUUUUCCCCGACCAGGAGCAGCUCUUCCAGUUUCUGAGGAGGCUCAAGGAGGUUUUCGACGUGUGUGACGAGGAUGCUGACGGCUUCAUCCGGGUGGAGCACUUGGUGGACCUCGGUCUUCAGUUCGGCCAGAGAGACGAGGUGAAGAAAUUGACCAGGUACCUGGAUCCAAACGCUCAUGGAAAGAUCAACUUCAAAGAUUUUUGUCACGGCGUGUUCGCUAUCAAAGGUUGCGAAGAGAUGCUGAAAACAGCUUUGGGCCCUCGCAGUCUUACCGCCAGCCGGCCAUCUGUCACAGACAACGGCUACAUUUACCAGAACGGUGAGGCCAGGCUGGUGCCCCCCAUCAUCAUGUGCACGCGGUCCUACCCAGAAUGCAGUGCGUAUGGAGAGGGUUGUGGCGCUGAUGGGGAGUGUGACAUGGACAGCAGCACUGAAAAUGCUAAUAGUUCGAACUCCUCGGACCUGGGACAGCAAGAGAGUUCUGGCCAGCUGAUUGGCUCAGCGUCUGCAUCCGUCAUCUCAGGGGAGGAGCAGUUUGAGGACUAUGGUGAAGGGGAAGAUGUGGACUUCACUCCCAGCAGCCCUUGCCCUGAUGACGACACCCGAACCAAUGGCUUCUCAGACCUGGGGUCCUCCCUGCCCUCCAGUGCCGGACAGACUCCUCAGAAGAUGCGUCAGCUGUAUAACAGUGAGCUGCUGGAUGUGUACUGCUCUCAGUGUUGUAAAAAAGUCAACCUGCUGAAUGACCUGGAGGCUCGACUUCGAAACCUCAAGGCCAACAGUCCCAAUAGAAAGAUUUCCAGCACAGCGUUUGGACGUCAGCUGUUCCAGGCCAACCACAAUGUGUUUGGUUCCAGUCAAGGCAGCAGUACAGAGGAUCUGUUCACAGACAGCAUCGACUCCUGUGACCUUGACAUCACAGAGAAGGUCAGUUAUCUAGAGAAGAAAGUGACAGAGUUGGAGAGUGACAGUCUGGCCAAUGGAGACCUCAAGUCUAAGCUCAAACAGGAGAACACACAGCUGGUUCACAGGGUCCAUGAGCUGGAGGAGCAGGUGAAGGAUGCAGAGACGAGGGCAGAUCAAACGUUGGAGGAGGAGAUGAGGAGGCACCGGGAGGCCUACAGCAAGAUGGACAGAGACAGAAACACUGAGAUAGAACUGCUCAGUAACAGGGUAAUGCAGCUGGAGGAGGAAAAUGGAGAGAUGAAGUUAAAUGUGUGCAGACUCAAGUCUCAGACAGAGAAACUGGACCAGGAGAAGCAAAAGAUGACGGACAAACUGGAGGAUACUAGUCUGAGGCUGAAGGAUGAAAUGGACCUUUACAGGAAGAUGAUGGACAAGCUGUGGCACAACCGCCACGAGUUCCAAAAGGAGAAGGAGGCUAUGCAGGAGCUAAUCGAUGAUCUCCGUCGGGAGCUGGACCACCUGCAGUUGUUUAAGCUUGAGAUGGAACAUCCAGGGAAGGGCAGAGGGUUGUCCGAGUACAACGCCAAGACCAGGGAGAUAGAACUAGAGCAUGAAGUCAAGAGACUCAAACAGGAGAACCAUAAGCUGCGAGAUCAGAACGAUGACCUGAACGCACAGAUCCUCAGUCUGAGUUUGUAUGAGGCCAAGAACCUGUUUGCCUGUCACACCAAGGCACAGUGCCUGGCGGCUGAGAUUGACAACGCCUCCAGGGAUGAGCUGGUAGAGGCUUUGAAGGAGCAGGAGGAGAUCAACUUCCGUCUGAGGCAGUACAUGGACAAGAUCAUUCUGGCCAUUCUCGACCAUAACCCCUCCAUCUUGGAGAUCAAGAGUUAAACACACACACACACACAAAAUCUUGCAUUGCUGUACUUGUGGGGGACCUUCCGCUGAAUUGCAUUAAUUUGUCAACCCUGAAACUGAAGCUCAAAUUCUGAAAUGACCCAACUAUCCCCACUUUUUGUGACCAAAACCGAAAGAGUUCCUCUCAAAUGCACUUAUAAAGCAGCAGAUGACCACAUCCAUUAGAAAAAGACAGUGUUUAUCUGUCAGUCUGUUAGUCUCUGUUUAGAUUCUGUGCCACGCUUCAUCCAUCUGGUGAUGCUUUAUCGUUGUAUCGUUAAAACAAGCGUCGACUGUUGCAGUUGGAGGGAACUGACUUGAAAAAAGUAUUUCGACGUUCACUUUACCUUCUGUAGACACACUACCUCAGCAAUGUGACUGCUGUGUAUUGAAAACAGAACUACUGAUAUUAACUGGGCUGUCACUCACUGGGGAGGGUCACUUGUUGAAAAAUCAGUUGGUUUAGCGUUCCUCGGUGAAAGUAACAGCAGUUAUGUUUUGUCCACAUUUGACUUUCUGGUUUAUCAGCUAGCGCUCAAGUCUCCAUCUAAGACUGGUCUUUCUCUACAUUGUGUGUAGAAAUAUGAAGGUAGUGUAUCCAGUUUUUUUCUCAAUACAUCAUGCAUCAGUGUCACUUAAUUGAAUAUUUAAAUAUUUUCCACUGAAAUUCACACCCACAGUUGACCUCAUUCAUGUGGUGGCCAUUUUGAACACUCAAAGUGGGAAACUUGCCCGGAAGACGGACGUAUAUAGCAUCUAAAACUCACAAUUUUUCAACAUGUUAACUGAGAACUUGCAUAUAUGUAACAGUUUUAUUCAUUUGUACUCACAAGAACAACAUACAGUAUGAAACAACACAAAUUUAGCAGAGUUAGCCAGCUAGUGUACUGUUAGUAAACCGUUACCCCGUAAACGUGGCUAGCCUUUGGUAACUAGUGCUAAUAGGCCAAAAAUAAUAGUUAAAUAUAUUAGUUUCUACUAUUUUUCAGUGUGAAUCAGUGAAAUGAUAAAUGUUUUUAUGAUGCACAGAGCUGCCGGUCUGACUCUUAACAUAAGAGUGUCCCACCCCGACUUUUCAAAAUGGCUGCCAAGUGAAUAGAGUCAGUGUAGUUGAAUUUAGGUAGAUUAGCUAGCUAGGCAUCAGUUGCUUCACAGUAUAAAGAUAAUCGCACGGUGGUGUCACCAUGAAGACGGGGUAGUGAGUUGCUAUAGUGAGCACUAUAUUACUUAACAGUUAAGACUAGUUUUGCUCCAUUGCACAAAUUGUUCACUUGGUGAUUUUUUUUAAAAAACUAGUUUCUUUGCAUGUUCUCUCACGAGUUGUGUGCCUUUGAAUAUAAGAAAAUAUCAUGGGAAAACAAAAAUGUUUCACAAGUCCAGCUAUGAUUUUGUCCAUGGUUGCCAUUGUAAGUGAGCUGUUUUUAUAUCUCGACACUUUGCUUUCUGACACAUUAUUUGUGUUUUCAUACAUUGUAAAUGUUGUACAGAAUCUAGUUACUAUUUGUAUUUAUGUGCAAUUCAUUCAGCUUAUUAAAAAAAAAGAGGCUCUUUUAACGUUUUAUGACACAAAAAUAAUGAGGACAAAAUAUAACUUAGAGAUUAUAGUAUGUGUGAACUUGAAAUAUAUAGCACACUGAAAAGACAAUGUCAUAGCCAAAGUAUAUACUGGGAAGAUUCCUGUCAUGGUGUAAAACAGUUGGAAAAAAAAAAAGACUUAAAAAGUCUGUUUUGUUUAUGUGCCACAGACAGACAGGACUGUAGGUCAGUCUGUAGAUGCAGAUUGCGAUGUAGCCUGUCACAAGUCACUGAUGUAUCAGAUCACUACCGGUUUGUUUAGUUUGUUUUUCACUUGUGUACUGUAGACACUACAGUGGAUGACCAUGUUGUACACACUGGAUGUGUAAAUAAAAUCCAUUGGCUCUGGCAUGACCAACA